GCUAUUUUAUAAUAUAUCUAAAUGCAAUCUGAUAUCCAGCGAUGCUGUAAAUACUAAGGUUUAUGGACAGCUUUAAAAGGGUACCACAAGUGUGAUUUUGUAGGAAGAAAUAUUUAAAAAAGAUCAUAUAGAUAUCCCGAAGAUGAGUUAUUUUGGAGAUGCUUCAGGAAUUGAGAGAUCUGCAAGAGCAUCAUCUUCAAGAAAAGGGAAGAAGAGUAAUUCAGACAAGCCAAAACAACCCCAAAGAGGCCUUGGUGUUGCUCAGUUGGAGAAGAUUAGGUUGCAUAGUGAAUUAGGGUUUCAUCCAACUAAUAUCCAUCCACAGAUGGGUAUGGGUGACCUAGAUAGAUCUAACAUGGCAUAUGUUCAGUCACAGCCUAGCAGUGACCUGAGGUGGAGUAAUGCAAGCAAUGCUAUAUAUGAGGCUGAACGAUAUGCAAAGCCAGCAAUAACUGCUCACCUCUUCCAAGUUAAAGUAGAGGAUACAUUGAGAAUGAAGGAUUGGAGCGAUUCUAUGGGAUCAAGCAGUCACAAUACUGAUUCAAAUGGCAGUCAAGAACUGGAUUUAGAGCUAAGACUUUCGCUUUAGUUAUAGUGUAAAUUCACUUUGGUGCGGACAUGUAACAAUGUUAACUUGUAAGCACAAAAGAAAACCAAAUACCCUGGAAAUCCAGAUGUUAUGGAUGCAUGUAAUCAAGAAUCAUUCUUCUGAUAUUGUGUUUAUUUGUGUUAAUUAAUCAGCUUUUUUUUUUU